AUGGCCCAGAACCAUCAGGAGCUGCUGCUGCUGCUGCAUCUGCAGCAGCUGCGAGCGCAGCAGCAGCAGCUGCUGCUGCAGCAGCAACGGCAGCAGCAGACCCUCCUUCUGCAGCAGGGAUCAGGUGCAGCAGCAGCAGCGACAGCAACAGCAACAGCAGCAGCACCCACUAGAGCAGAGGUAGAAGUGGUGCUGGAUGCAACGGAGUCGGAGAGCGGCGACUCUGUUCAUAGUGCUGAUGAUUCUCCUAAAGAACUGCAGCAGCAGCAGCAGCAGCAGCAGCAGUAUACACAGCAGCAGCAGUUGCCGCUACAGAUGCAGCAGCAGCAGCACCAACAACAACUGCCGCUGCAGCAACAGGCGGAGCUUCAGCAGCAACUGCCUCAGGUGCUGCAGCAGCCGCCGCAUCUGCAGCUGCAGCAGCAACAGCAGCAGCAGCAGCAGCAAGGGCUGCUGCACAGCCAAGACGCAUCCCAGCCUCAUGGCUGUCAACCGCUAUCUCUCCCUGCAACUGACACCUCAGCAGCUGCCUCUUCUGCUUCUGCAGCUGCUGCUGUUGCUGCUGCUGCUGCUGCUAUUGCUGCUGCUGCAGCAUCUCCUUCCGCUGCCGCUAAAGCUGCAGCAGCAGCAGCAGCACCUACUACUACAGCUUCUGCUGCAGCUGAGUGCUUUCAAGUUAUCAGCGAUGAAUCAGAACAGGAGACGCCAACACCACCGCUGCUGCGAACCACAACCGUCAGCAGCAGCAGCAGCAGCAGCAGCAGCAGCAACAGCAGCAGCAGCAACAACAGCAGCAGUUGUCUUCCCAUGCAGGUUGAUUCGCUGAAAAGUGUGCUGCCGCAGAAGCUGCAGCAAACUCCUCCAGACACCCAGCAGCAGCAAGAGGAGGAGGAGGAGCAUCAACAACAACAGCAUCUGCAGCAGCAGCAGCAGCAGCAGCAGCAGCAGCUGCCGCUGCAGCAAGUGAAGCAGCCACACAACCAGCAGCAACCGCGUCAGCAGCAGCAAGAGCAGCAGGAAGAGGAAUCAAGCGAUGAAAAGGAAGAUCAACCCCAGCAGCAGCAGCAGCAGCUGACUCCCUCGCAGCAGCAGAAAGCCAGGCAAAAGCAGCAGCAGCAGCAACAGCAGCAGGAUCGAGACGCCAACACCACCGCUGCUGCGAACCACAACCGUCAGCAGCAGCAGCAGCAGCAGCAGCAGCAGCAACAGCAGCAGCAGCAACAACAGCAGCAGUUGUCUUCCCAUGCAGAAUGCGCCCAGGGUUGUGGGUUGAAGCUGCCGAUACACCGCAAAAACAAACAGCAGAAGCAGCAAACAGCAGCAGCAACAGCAGCAACUCCCAGUAAGCACCAGCUGCAACAGCACCAUCUGCAGCAGCACCAGCUGCAGCACAGCCUGCCGCAGAAGCAGCAGCAGCAACACCAGCAACAGUAUCAGCAGCACUACCUGCAGCAGCAGCAGCAGCAGCAGUAG